CUCUUGCUAAGCAUGAAAAAAAAAUUCUCCAUACUUAGCUUUGAAGAUGCUUUGAAGCCAAACAAUUUUUACAAAGUCAUUGAGGCCGUGAAAGAUGUUGCUGGUUAUGAAGAAAAGAGCCACUCAUAUAAGACACCAAGUCUUGCGCUAAAGUUAGGACAUUCACUUAACAAAAUUGCUGACAUCAUUCUCUGCAGGGCCAUCGCAGGAGAGGAUGAUGCUCUGACGAAAGCAGCAGAGCGAUUCAAAAGACUUUGCUCAAGUGAAUGGGCAGAACAUGUCUCCCAUGCUGCUCUUGCUACUUUAAGCAAAUCAAAGUUCAACAAACCAUCUACCAUACCAUUCACACAUGAUGUGCAGCUUCUCCACCAGUGCCUAGAGAAGAAAUCAGCUGAUGCUUUUGAAAACCUGAAAAACCAAGAGUCUUCACAGGCAUACGCAGAACUCGCCAAAGUGACACUGGCACAAGUAAUCAUCUUUAACCGGCGUCGUGCAGGAGAAGUUUCAAAAAUGACACUUGAGUGUUUUAUGAAAAGAGACCAAACUGAGCUCCACGAGGACAUAGCUCUUGGUCUGUCUCCGUUUGAGCAAAAAAUGUCCAAGCAUUUUAGCAGAGUAGAAAUAAUGGGCAAAAAAGGGAGAAAAGUUGCUGUUCUGCUAAGCCCUGAUCUUGUUGGAGCAAUACAACUUCUUGUGGACAAGAGAGAUUCAUGUGAAGUAGAUGGGGACAACCCCUUUCUAUUUGCAAGACCAAAGUGUUCAGCCACCAGUUUCUUCAGGGGACAAGACUGCAUCAGGCUUUUUGCAAAUCAGUGUGGUGCCCAGAACCCUGAAUAUCUCAGAUCUACACAACUCCGUAAGCAGGUUGCAACAAUGUCCCAGAUUCUUAAUCUAAAGGAUAAUGAGCUGGAUCAGCUUGCCAACUUUUUGGGCCAUGACAUUCGGGUCCAUAGAGACUAUUAUCGGUUGCCAGAUGCAACUAUAGAAAUUGCAAAAAUCUCAAAGCUGCUUCUGGCAAUGGAGAAAGGAACCCUUGCAAGUUUCCAAGGAAAGUCUCUUAGUGAAAUUGAGAUUGAAGAUGAAAUUGAUCCUGAAUUAGACGACGAAGAAGAAAGUGAUGAAGACGGCGAAGAAUCGGAUUCUCUCCAUAGAGUAAAUGGAAACAAAAAGAGGGUGGACCAUGUAAAGUCGACCCAGGAUGAGGAGAUUGAAAGUUCCAACGGAAAACAAAAAAUGUCCCCCAAUGAACCAGUCAGCUCCUGUUGUGGUUUUCCUUUUAAUGUUGUGGUUUUCUUUUUCUUCAAAUAAACAAUCUUCAGUCUUAGGUUUUGAUUUCAAAGAUGGACUUUAUUGUUAGCGAAAUAAAGCCGUGAGGAGAUCUUGCAAGAUCCACUGGCUUCUUCUGGCAUCAUGGCUGAUAUAUAUAUGCUUUGGCUCCCUCCUCCCCUCCUAUUUGCC